GGAAGCCUCCCAGGUUAAUCUGUCCUGCUUCCCAUCAGAGCAGUUGGUCAAAGGUCACUGCUGUCCCUCAUUGAUUCUCUCUUUAUGGCAGCAGGAGGAGGACAGUUUCCCUGUGACUGAGGAGCAGAGGAGCAGCAGGAGGAGGACAGUUUCCCUGUGACUGAGGAGCAGAGGAGCAGCAUGGGGAGCAAGGGGAAGUUCUCCUGCUGGGACAGAGUGGCUGCCUGCUGCUGCUGCUGCUGUAAAGCCUCCCAGCAGGCCGAGCAGGAGCGUCAGAGGAGUAAAGACAUCACCAUCAUCCAGAACCAGGCGGUGGCCCCUAAGCUGGACUCGCAGGUGACCCAGCCCUCAGCCAGGCCCCUGCCCUCACCCCCGGGGUUCGUGGAGGGCACGCGCUACGUCGCGCUCUUUGAUUACACGGCUCGCACCGCGGAUGAUCUGACCUUUAACACCGGGGAUGUCCUGGAGGUCCUGGACUCCAGCACCGGGGAGUGGUGGAUCGCCAGGGCCGUCACCGGGAUCUCUGCCAACACAAAGGGAUACAUUCCUGCCAACUAUGUGGCCCCUGUGGAGAGCAUCGAUGCUGAACCAUGGUAUUUCCCAGACACCAAGCGGCAGGAUGCAGAGAAGUUGCUGCUAGCAGAAGGGAAUGCGGAAGGUGCAUUCCUUGUCAGAAACUCUGAAAGUCUGAAAGGGGAGCUCUCUCUCUCAGUUUUGCACCAAGGGAGGGUAAAACAUUACAAGCUCCAGAAACAGGAUGGUAACUACUUUGUUUCUAAGAACAAGUCCUUCCCAACACUGAAGGAGUUGGUGGAAUAUUACUCUAGACAGCCUGAUGGGCUGUGUGUCUGUCUGGGGGAGCCAUGCAGAAAGAUGGAGGCUCCACAGACCUAUGGUCUGUCCUACAACACAGUAGAUCAGUGGGAGAUUGAUCGCAAAUCUCUUAAACUCCAGAAGAGGCUUGGAGCCGGACAGUUUGGAGAAGUCUUUGAGGGGGUGUGGAACGACACUACGCCAGUCGCAGUGAAGACACUCAAAGCUGGUACAAUGGACGCUGCAGAAUUCCUGGGAGAGGCUCAGCUAAUGAAGAAGCUGCGGCACCCUAAGCUGAUCCAGCUGUACGCUGUGUGCACCUUGGAGGAACCCAUCUACAUCAUCACGGAGCUGAUGAAGAAUGGAAGCCUGCUGGAGUACCUUAAAAAGGACAAAGGUGCCACUCUCCGUAUCACACACCAGAUUGAAAUGGCCGCCCAGGUGGCAUCAGGCAUGGCUUACUUGGAGCAACAGAACUACAUCCACAGAGACCUGGCUGCCAGGAACGUACUGGUGGGAGAAAACAACGUCUGCAAAGUGGCAGAUUUUGGCCUGGCAAGAGUUUUUAUGAAAGAAAAUGAGAAUGUAUACGAGGCCAAGGAGGGGAGUAAAUUUCCUGUGAAGUGGACCGCUCCAGAAGCUAUCCACGAUAACAAGUUCAGCAUCAAAUCAGAUGUUUGGUCCUUUGGAAUCUUGCUGUAUGAGAUCAUGACUUUUGGUCAGAUGCCUUAUCCAAACAUGUCAAACAUGCAGGCGGUGACUUGGAUCAGUAAGGGUAACAGGAUGUCCUGCCCAGCGAACUGCCCGAAACCACUGCACAACAUCAUGUUGGACUGUUGGAAGGAAAAAGAAAAGGAGCGCCCAACAUUUGAGACGCUGCAGUGGCAACUGGAGGAAUACUUUGAGAUGGAUUCGUCCUCUUAUGCUGACAGUGCUCGCUAUUAGAGCCAAACCACACUUUGACUGUUAAUGAAGGAUUUAGAAAAAAAGAACGUUUCAAAAUCAAAAAUCACUAAAUUCACCAACAAUUGUAACAUAACUGAUAAUCCCACCUAAUAUGUUGAGAUGAAGGAUUUAAAACUGUUUGAAUUACAGACACACUACUCUUUAUUUUCCUGGAUGCACUUUAAGGUAAAGGUUUUCUGUUGAGUCUGAGUCCUAGCUGAUGGGGAGAGGCCCCAUUCAGAAUGACUGUCACUCUGGACCAUCUGGUUCUGCUGGUUUCAUCAAUAUCACACAUUCUUUCCAACUACUGAACCAUCGCCGGAGGUCACCUGGGAGGAUAUGAAAGCUCCGUCUAAGUCUCUGUCUCAAGGGGUUUUAACAUUGUUUGCCAGAAAUUAUAUUUUAAAGCAAAGCAAAUUCUGGUCCUCCAGCUUUACAAACAAUGUUUGACAUCACAGCAAAGCCCCAGUUAUGUGGUUUUACAGCAUAUCACUGAAGUAUUCUGACACAGCCAUGACUGAGCAGUUCCAAACUCAACUUCUUUCCUGACCUGUUGACGGGCUCAGAUUACUGGCAUGUUUUCUGAACGAGUACACCCUGUUUAUUGAGCUCAUGGCCUGAUUUUUUUUAAAUAUUAUGAACAAAUUCCUGUUAAAUGUGUAUUAUAAUCACUGAAAGCAUUUAUUGAACAAUAACUGUAUUUUAACUUAAUUAUACCUAUGCCUUACAUAAAUAAACAAAUUAUAUUUA